ACUCAAGGAAGCAGCGAAGAGAUGGCAAUAGAACAAAGGAGAGUCAAGGGCUCGACAGUUUCAGCCGCGACGGCAAUCACUUUCUUGGUGUGUGUCGUCGGUGCAGCCGACGAGAGUGGGUUAGCGAACCAGUGCGCCAAAGAUUUCCAGAGCGUGAUGAGUUGCCUGAACUUUGCUCAGGGCAAGGCGGAGACGCCGUCGAAGGAGUGUUGCAGUUCGGUUUCGAGCGUAAAAGAGAACGAACCAAAGUGUUUGUGUUAUAUUCUUCAGCAAAGUCAGACAUCCGGUUCUCAAAGUCUCAAGAGCUUGGGCGUACAGCAAGAUAAGCUUUUCCAACUCCCCUCGGCUUGCCAGUUGAAGAACGCUAGCGUCAGCGAUUGCCCAAAGCUUCUUGGAUUAGCCCCGAACUCACCGGACGCCGCCAUAUUUACGAAUUCAACAAAGGCGACGCCCGCUGCGCCAUCGUCGUCUGGUUCGCCGAAUAGUGAUGAUAACUCCGGCGGGGCGAAGUUUCAAACUGGUCGGUUCGUUGGCUCCGUGCUGCUGGUUGCCUCGGCUGUGUUUUUCUAUAUACUCCAAGAGGAAUCGCUCAACUGUUUUUAGGCGGGGGAUCAGAUC